CCCCUCCUCUCUCUCACCUUUCCACAAUCUCAGAUAUUCCUUGACUUCAUCUCCUCUCUAGAUUUCUUUAGAUUCGUGUAUGAGCUUAAACCGGUUCCGGUUAAGAAUGGCUGAGGAAAUCUCAAAGACAAAGCUCGGAUCUUCCUCCUCCUCUGCUUCUGCCGCCACAUCAGCUGCAACGAACGCCGCGAAAUCGAGAUGGAAGAUCCUAUGGCCCAACUCCCUCCGUUGGAUCCCCACCUCCACCGACAACAUCAUCGCCGCCGAGAACCGUCUUCUCUCCAUCCUCAAGACGGGUUAUGUACAAGAGCAAGUGAGUAUUGGUUCAGGGCCGCCUGGUUCUAAAGUCAGGUGGUUUAGGUCUUCUAGCGAUGAGUCUAGGUUCAUCAACACUGUUACGUUUGAUGCUAAGGAAGGUUCUCCUACGCUUGUGAUGGUUCAUGGUUAUGGUGCUUCUCAAGGUUUCUUCUUUCGUAAUUUUGAUGCUCUUGCUAGCCGGUUUAGGGUCAUUGCUAUUGAUCAACUUGGGUGGGGUGGAUCAAGUAGACCUGAUUUUACUUGUAAAAGCACUGAAGAAACAGAGGCAUGGUUUAUUGACUCAUUUGAGGAGUGGCGUAAAGCCAAGAAUCUUAGCAACUUUAUUCUGUUAGGGCAUUCUUUUGGAGGUUAUGUUGCUGCUAAGUACGCUCUUAAGCAUCCUGAGCAUGUUCAACACUUAGUUCUGGUGGGAUCUGCUGGUUUCUCAGCGGAAUCAGAUGCCAAGUCGGAAUGGCUCACUAAGUUUAGAGCAACGUGGAAAGGCGCGCUUUUAAAUCAUCUUUGGGAGUCCAAUUUCACUCCUCAGAAGGUGGUUAGAGGAUUAGGUCCUUGGGGUCCGGGCCUUGUAAACCGGUAUACAAGUGCACGAUUUGGUGCACAUUCGGUGGGAACUGUGCUAACAGAGGAGGAAUCCAGAUUGCUCACCGAUUAUGUAUAUCAUACUUUGGCUGCAAAGGCUAGUGGAGAGUUGUGCUUGAAAUACAUCUUCUCCUUUGGCGCAUUUGCUAGGAAGCCACUCUUACAAAGUGCAUCAGAGUGGAAAGUGCCAACAACUUUUAUCUAUGGAAUGAAUGAUUGGAUGAACUAUCAAGGUGCAGUGGAAGCACGGAAACACAUGAAGGUCCCUUGCGAAAUCAUUCGUGUUCCACAGGGUGGCCAUUUUGUGUUCAUAGACAACCCAGCUGGUUUUCAUUCUGCAGUGAUGUAUGCUUGCCGCAAGUAUAUAUCUCAAGACUCUUCUCAUCAAGAACUCCUCCCAGAUGGUUUACGAUUGGUUUAGUCAUACUAUGUUGUUCCUUUACCUUGCACACUUUAUUAUAAAUGUACAAAAACCAUAUAUAAAAGAGAA